AUGGAAACGGGACGUCGUUACAGAAAGUUCUGCUGGACCGAGCGGACCUGGGGCCACUCUUCAGGCUACCUGACUGUCAACAUUGAACCUCUCCCACCCGUGGUGGCUGGUGAUGCCGUGACCUUGAAGUGUAACUUCAAGACAGAUGGUCGCAUGCGUGAGAUCGUGUGGUACCGGGUGACGGACGGCGGCACCAUCAAGCAAAAGAUCUUCACCUUCGACGCCAUGUUCUCCACCAACUACUCGUACAUGGAGAACUACCGCAAGAGGGAGGACCUGGUGUACCAGUCCACCGUGAGGCUGCCCGAAGUCCGCAUCUCAGACAACGGUCCCUAUGAGUGCCACGUGGGCAUCUACGACCGUGCUACGAGAGAGAAGGUGGUCCUGGCAUCAGGCAACAUCUUCCUCAACGUCAUGGCUCCCCCCACCUCCAUCGAAGUGAUGGCCGCAGACAUGCCCGCCCCCUUCAGCCGCUACCAAGCCCAGAACUUCACGCUGGUCUGCAUUGUGUCUGGAGGGAAACCAGCGCCCAUGGUUUAUUUCAAACGCGAUGGCGAACCCAUCGAUGCCGUGCCCCUGACGGAGCCGCUGGAGGCAAGCUCUGGCCCCUUCCAGGACAGCAGGCCUUUCCGCAGCCUCCUGCACCGUGACCUAGAUGACACCAAGAUGCAGAGGUCGCUGUCUCUGCUGGACGCCGAGAACCGGGGCGGGCGCCCCUACACAGAGCGCCCCGCCCGCAGCCUGACCCCGGACCCCGGCGUCCUCCUCCAGCCGACCACCGAGAACGUCCCAGAGACGGUGGUGAGCCGCGAGUUCCCGCGCUGGGUCCACAGCGCCGAGCCCAUCUACGUCCUGCGCCACAGCCACACCCCCGGCAGUGACGGCACCGUGGAGGUCCGUGCCUUGCUCACCUGGACGCUCAACCCGCAGAUCGACAAUGAGGCCCUCUUCAGCUGUGAGGUCAAGCACCCAGCGCUGUCGAUGCCCAUGCAGGCAGAGGUCACGCUGGUUGCCCCGAAAGGACCCAAAAUCAUGAUGACACCCAGCAGAGCCCGGGUCGGGGACACAGUGAGGAUUCUGGUCCACGGAUUUCAGAACGAAGUCUUCCCGGAGCCCAUGUUCACCUGGACGCGGGUCGGAAGCCGCCUCUUGGAUGGCAGCGCUGAGUUUGACGGGAAGGAGCUGGUGCUGGAACGGGUUCCUGCCGAGCUCAAUGGCUCCAUGUACCGUUGCACAGCCCAGAACCCCCUGGGCUCCACCGACACACACACCCGGCUCAUCGUAUUUGAAAACCCAAAUAUUCCAAGAGGAACGGAAGACUCCAAUGGUUCCGCUUCUGGCCCUGCUGGCGUCCGGCUCACCUUGGUGCUCGCCCUGACAGUGGUCCUGGAGCUGACGUGAAGGCCCGGCAGCCGCUGCCGCCACUCCACCCCGCGCUGACUUCGCCGCGAUCGGUUUUCUUUUCUUUUCUAAACUAUUUCCAGUCCGUUCUUUGUCUCUUUCUGUCUGUGUCUUGGCUUCUUCAACCAGUUUAAUUAAAACGAAACAAUUUUCCCCA